AGUUUGCAUGUGACCCGCUGACACCUCUGUUGCUGUUUUGCUUGCAGGAAUCAUGGUCAGUAAGGAGUCCAGCAAAUGCGUGCUCUCUGCUUCGGAGACCGAAGUGGAACCGGCCGCCUCGCUGGCCCUAGAGAUGAAAUAUGCCCUGGACCCCAACCGGCAGAUUAAAAAGCGGAACAAAGCGCUGCAGGUGCGGUUUAAGGAUAUCUGCGAGGCACAGAGCGAGCAGAGGGACACACAGCUGUCUGCGGGACAGCCGAGCGAGCGGCGGGAGGCCAAGGCCGUCUCGCACAAAGCGGCGUACCGCAAGUACAUGACGGUGCCCGCCCGCAGGUCCAUCCCCAACGUCACCAGGAGCACAGGCGUGCAGACCUCCCCGGACCUGCAGAAGUGCUACCAGACCUUCCCCCUGGACCGCAAGAAAGGGAGCCUGAGGAGCUUCCCGGCCGCGGACCCCUUUAAAAGUCAGAACAACGGGUUUCUCCUCGAGGCGAAGGAGAAGGGUGAGGAGAAGGCCCCCGGGGAGGCCGGGCCGUGUGGGGCGGCCCGGGUUCAGACGGCCGCCUUGGUGUUCCACUCCAGUGAACACAUGAACGCGGGGGACCAGCCUUCAGGCCUCAACUGCACCGAGCCUUGUCAAAACCCCGAUUUGCACAGUUGUCAAGACACCCCUCUCCAGGACGUGGCUCGGCCUCCUUCGGAAGACCCAGAUUCCCAGCUGCACAGGAGAGCAAAGCAUGACCGGGGGACCCUGGAUGCCGAGGAGCCCACCUCGGCGGCCCACGGGAGGGUGUUUAAGACGGAGGUGGCCACGGUGUACACGCCUGCCCCCAGCGCACAGGCCCCCGAGCCGGCCUUGUCAGACUCCACGGCCGCCAGCGAGUGGUCUCUCUGCCCAGUGGAGGAGGAGCGCAGGAGGGCCGUGCAACUCGAUGGACUGCAGGCCCCCCCGGGUGCCGCGCUGGCCUGCCUGCCCCCCACACAGUGCCCAUCCCCCGAAUGUGGCGAGCAGCCCCUGCAGACUCAGCUCCCUGCCGGGGAGGAGACUCAGCCUUGUCAGAUGGCACUGGCUGCUGGUGAAGAAUGCCAGCAAAUCGUGCCUCAUACGGAAGUGGUUGACCUGAAAGCACAGCUGCAUAUGAUGGAGAACUUGAUCAGUUCAAGUCAAGAAACCAUCAAAGUGCUCUUGGGGGUCAUUCAGGAGUUGGAAAAAGGAGAGGCUCAUCGGGAAGGGCUUUCAUAUCGGACUGGGCAAGACACAGCUAAUUGUGACACAUGCAGGAACAGUGCAUGUAUUAUCUAUAGUGUGGAGCUAGAUUUUAAGCAGCAAGAAGACAAACUCCAACCAGUUCUGAGGAAACUCCAUCCUACUGAGGAAACUCAGGUCGCACCUUCGCCUUAUUCUCAGGAGACUUACUCCUCAACUCCCAAGCAAAAAUCCAAAACUGAAUCUAAAAAGCACGGUAGAUGGAAACUCUGGUUCCUUUGAAACUCGUAGUGUUUGGAGUAUAAGGCCGUCUUUAAAACUCACUGAAGUUAAGUAAAUCCUUUUCCAAGAUGACUAGGAUUGAGUGAACUGUGGUGCUGACUUGGCCGACACCACGUUCUUACCCUGCGUACCAAAAAGAUCUUUGUAACCAACAGAUAAUUCACAGAAGCAAGGUAUUACACCCAUACCUUGCCAGCUGUUCUUUGCAGUUCGCUGGUGUGGGAUAUAAAAGUGGAAAUAAAACUCCUGUAAUCAAAGACAACAAGUAAAAACUCUAUUCCCCUCUCCCCAGACCCACAAGUAUCAUGUUAUCGACCUGCAGAAGGAUGGGCUGUUACUCAAUACACAGCUAAAACUCAUAGUUAUUUUCAAGCCCUAAUUUUUAAAAAAAAAAACAAAAAAGAAGAAGAAAAAGCAAGCCUUAUGUUUGCAGAGGACUUCAUUUUUACGUUUAGUUUUGCAAAUAAGCAGGAGGUGAGUGCAAUUUUCAGCACAUCAAA